UAAUGCUAAAUAAAAGCUAAAACACUAUGUAACUUUGUCAACUAUGUAAAACUACGAGUUAGAACCCUAUAAAGUUAAUUUGCUCACAUUCGCUUUGUUUAAAAUGUGGAAUAAAGAUUUAGAUAUAAGAAAACACUAGGUAACCAAUUAAUCAACAAAUAGUCAAAUACAAAAUAAAUAUAGGAUUUAAUGUCCAAAAUGCAACAAAAUGACACAUACUUAUGAUAUUAUAAAUUUAUUAUUAGAGAGCAAUGAAUUAUAUUUGAUAACUGAUUCUAGUGAUAUGCAAAUGGAAGUCUUAAACGAAGUAAUUGUUUUAGCUUAUAAAUAACAGAGUUAAUUCUCAUUGUAAAAAAAUUAAUAGGAGGCUAUUUUUGGUCGAAGAGAAUCUAAUGCUUAUUAAAUGUCAGAAAUUGUUUCGAAGAACUCAUAAAUUUUAAAUGUAUAGGCUAUUAACAACAAUCCUUAAAAUGCUUUUAAUCACAAUUAGUUCAAUAAAAAGAAACCGAUUAUUGGAAAUGAAAAAACAUCCCCAACAAAAUAAUUUUAGAAGCCUAUGCAAUAGAAUCACUAAAAAAAAUAAUCAUAUUAAAUUGCUCAUCAAGAAAUUGCUGUAGAAUGUAAUAAAAAAAUUAUUUUACAGGUAAGGCCAAAACAUAAGCAAACACAUCAAAUGUUUAAUAGUAAAAAUUAAAUGAUUUUUUAAAGCCCAAUCCUAAUACUCCUGUUGCUACACCAACGACAACAUCUACAUAAUUACUCUUUUAAUAAACAGAUAUUAAGAAUUCAGAAGUGUAACAAAAAUAAAAGCAAAAAACAUAAAAUACUAAUACAAACAUCUAUGUUUAAGAACAUUAAUAGAAUUCUAUAAAUUCAAAUUAAUCUGAUGUAUUUCCACAACAGAAUAAAAAAAAUAUUUUAAAUAAUCUGGAGAGUGUUUAUCAUCAAUAAUUUUAACAUUAGAUUAAAAUGGUUGAUAAAUAUAAUGGGAAUAAUAAAUAAAUUUUAUUUGAUGAUAAAUAAAAAGGUGUAGCAGAAUUAAAUAAAGAAAAAGAAAAUUAAUUUUUGAAAGAAAUAUCUAAAGAUUGUUAAAAUUCGUCUAAUUAAACUUCGGAUAAUUCAAGGAACAAGAGAGGUUCUAAUGGUUUAAUUUAAGAUAUUGAAGAAAAUGCAUCUGUUUCAAUAAUUCAAUCAUAUUUUUAAAUGGUUUAAAAGAAUGUUGAAUAAUUGGAAAGAGAUGUUUUAAAUGCUUUAAAUAGUAAAUAAAUUGAUCCACAAGCAGUAUAUACUAAACUAAAGGUUUUAACUUCUAGAAUUGGAAAUAAUGAAGGAGAGUUAGUUUAAUCAAUUAAGGUUAUGCAAAAAUUGUAAUAAGAAGUAUUAGGAUUAUCUACUCCUUCUCAACAUAGAAAAACUAGUUCUUAUUAAAAUGCAAGUCACAGAUAUUCUAAUAAUAGCAAUUAUGGUAAAUAAAUAGAAAAAAGUGACUAAAGUGUAGGAGCGAUGCCUUAGGAGUUAAAAAUAUAUAAAAAAUUCUUAUGA